AUGGAGCCCCCACUCCACACUGAACCACAGCCCCUGCCCCACACUGAACCACAGCCCCCACUCCACACUGAACCACAGCCCCUGCCCCACACUAAACCACAGCCCCUACUCCACACCGAACCACAGUCCCCAUUCCACACUGAGCCACAGCCCCUGCCCCACACUGAGCCACAGCCCCUACCCCACACUGAACUACAGCCCCUGCCCCACACUGAGCUACAGCCCCUGCUCCACACUGAGCCACAGCCCCCAGUCUACACUAAACCACAGUCCCCACUCCACACUGAGCCACAGCCCCUGCCCCACACUGAACCACAGCCCCUGCCCCACACUGAACCACAGCCCCUGCCCCACACUGAACCACAGCCCCUGCCCCACACUGAGCCACAGCCCCUGCCCCACACUGAACCACAGCCCCUGCCCCACACUGAGCCACAGCCCCUGCCACACACUGAACUACAGCCCCUGCUCCACACAGAGCCACAGCCCCUGCCCCACACUGAACUACAGCCCCUGCCCCACACUGAACCACAGCCCCUGCCCCACACUGAACUACAGCCCCUGCCCCACACUGAACUACAGCCCCUGCCCCACACUGAACCACAGCCCCCAGUCUACACUAAACCACAGUCCCCACUCCACACAGAGCCACAGCCCCUGCCCCACACUGAACCACAGCCCCUGCCCCACACUGAACUACAGCCCCUGCCCCACACUGAACCACAGCCCCUGCCCCACACUGAACCACAGCCCCUGCUCCACACUGAACUACAGCCCCCACCCCACACUGAACUACAGCCCCUACCCCACACUGAACUACAGCCCCCAGUCUACACUAAACCACAGUCCCCACUCCACACAGAGCCACAGCCCCUGCCCCACACUGAACUACAGCCCCUGCUCCACAUUGAACCACAGCCCCUGCCCCACACUGAACUACAGCCCCUGCUCCACAUUGAACCACAGCCCCUGCCCCACACUGAACCACAGCCCCUGCCCCACACUGAACUACAGCCCCUGCUCCACACAGAGCCACAGCCCCUGCCCCACACUGAACUACAGCCCCUGCCCCACACUGAGCCACAGCCCCUGCUCCACACUGAACUACAGCCCCUGCUCCACAUUGAACCACAGCCCCUGCCCCACACUGAACCACAGCCCCUGCCCCACACUGAACUACAGCCCCUGCUCCACAUUGAACCACAGCCCCUGCCCCACACUGAACCACAGCCCCUGCCCCACACUGAACUACAGCCCCUGCCCCACACUGAGCCACAGCCCCUGCCCCACACUGAACCACAGCCCCUGCCCCACACUGAACUACAGCCCCUGCUCCACACAGAGCCACAGCCCCUGCCCCACACUGAACCACAGCCCCUGCCCCACACUGAACCACAGCCCCUGCUCCACACUGAACCACAGCCCCUGCCCCACACUGAACUACAGCCCCUGCUCCACACAGAGCCGCAGCCUCUGCUCCACACUGAACCACAGCCCCUACUCCACACUGAACCACAGCCCCUACUCCACACUGAACCACAGCCCCUACUCCACACUGAACCACAGCCCCUGCCCCACACUGAACUACAGCCUCUGCUCCACACUGGUAGCCCUCCCACCUCCGUCCUUUGGCAUCCUUUGCCCAUUUCAGAGGCUGGAAGUCGGAGACUGGGGCUGUGUCUCCGAGGCUGA